UUUAAGUUUUAAUCAUUCAAAGAUCAUUUCACUAAAUACAUUCCAGCUCUUUUCUUUAAGAUAUUCCAGCAUUUCAUCAUUAUUUAAUAACAUAAUUCACUGUACUUUUAUACAUUCAGUUGUGCUGAGAAAAAGUUGAAGCACUUUGUCUUGUUUAUGAUCUGAUAUGUUUCUGUAACCACUCUACUUCUGAUAUUGAUAAGGAACCAUAAUAAUUGUUUUUGUCUGGUGUGGCCUUUGUGAGUGAUUGUAUUCCCUGUUUAGAUAGUUUCCACUUUGGUUAGAUAAAAGUUUCUGUGUGCAAUUCACCUGAAACAUUCAUCUCUCUCAUACAAUCUACAAGUUCAUCAAUCAGAGAUAUGCUUGAACGAAGCCACAGCUUGAGAAUACCUGGAGCUGAGAUACUUGAUCUAAGACUCGCUCUGUAUGACUGCAAAGAAGUAACUGAGAGGCUCCAAGAUGAGUUAAACGCAGAGAGGGAGGCAUCUGCCACAUCAGCAAGCGAGGCCUUGUCAAUGAUUCUUAGGCUGCAAGGAGAGAAAGCUGAGCUGGCUAGGGAAGCUGGACAGUACAAGAGGAUAGCCCAAGAAGAGAUGUCUCACGCUGAGAUGUGGUUUGCGCAUUUGGAGGAUUUUAUCCACCAGAAAGAGAAUGUAAUCACUGCGCUUGAGUGCCAAGUGGAUGCUUAUAGAAGCCAGCUUUUGAGCUUCGGGUAUAGUGACUUGAGUAGCUUAGAUGUUAAGCUUCAAGAGAAUGAUAAGAAUAUUCUGAGUGAUAGAUCUCAAAUACCCUUUCUAGAAUUGGUUAAUGAUCUUUCUAUUCCUGUGGAGAAGGAAGUUAUUGAGGAGAGCUUGGAUUCAAAGAAGAGUUACUUUGAUGUGUACUGGGACCAUAUCAAGAAGAUGGAUGAGAAAGUGAAAGAGCUUAAAACUGACGACGCUGCUCUGAAGAUGAAGGUUGCAAAGCAGACAAAGAUGAAAAAGAAAUCAACUAAACAGACAAGAGACAGAAGCGGCAAGAGAGACCGUGAGGAGUAUCAAGCUGAAAUGCAGCGGUUGAGACAGAGAGUAGAGCAGCUGGAGAGGGAAAGAACUAAGACUGUGCCUGAAGCUACUGGAGUGAUUAAGCCGGAAGAGAUAAGUCGUCUGAAGGAAAUGAAGGAAGAGGUAAUUUAUGUACAAUCAUCUGAAGUGAAGAGGUCUAACACAAUGGAACAUUUACAACCCUGGAUCGAUCCAGCCAUUGUUUCCGUUCAAGAGGCAAUGCUUAAUUUCUGGCUGUGAGACAAAGAAAAAAAGGUACAAGAAGAUUUUUGUUUUAUUGCGAUUGUAUUUGUGUUCAGUUUUUGUUUGCUUCAAGCCAGAAUCUGUAACUUUUUGUGUAAAAAAAGCUCAAGACCCUUCUCUGUAGAUUGUCUUAAGAGUAACAUAUACCAAAACAUCAUCUUGUAAUUUUAUUGUGUGCAAGUAUGUAUUGAAGAU